ACACUAAUGUUUAGCAAAUUAGCUCAAAAGGUAAACGGGGUUAAAUAAGAUCAUUCAUUGAUAAACUUUAAAUCAUGUAUUAUUGUGGAGAGUACAAUUUUACGGACAUUUGGGUAGAUAAUGGCCUAAACAGAUGUUUUUACGAGACUGUAUGGUCCAUCAUACUGGUAGCGUUCAUGACCAUCGCCGGAUCAGGACAAUUAGCAACUUUCGCCAAAUAUGGUAGGAGAAUUGAAUCGAGCUUCAAACCCAGUGCUAUUGGAAUGGUUCUUCAGAUCACGAUAAUUGUUCUCUUAAUGAAUGAGGUGAUGAUACACGUUAUACUUCAUGACACUACUAUUGGAAACAGAGAUUUAUCAGGCUUUCAUGUUGUGGUUCUGUUUAGCAUGUUUUACGUAUGGUCAUUCUGUCUAAGACUGAUUGUAUUAGAGAGAAACCAGACAUUACCCCGAUUUAUCAAAGGCCAUGGAUUUGUACUAUUGAUGUUUUGGACUUUGGUGUUUGUCAAAGAGAGCCUGUAUUUUAUUUCUUGGAACAGCAAAAUUUACUGGUGGAACGAAGAUACCGUCUCCAAAAAAGUGGAAUUUGGACUAUGGCUUGUCCGGUAUAUUGGAAUUAUCUGUUUGAUGAUUCUCGGCUUCUUGGCACCUAGCCUGCCAAAGAACAGCGCCCACUUAACUACAAGCAUCAGAAAGGAACCGAAAUCAAAGCGAAAAGAAUCAACUUGGGGAAGCUUGUUAGAUAACAUUCGAAUGAUGAUUCCAAUUGUUUGGCCAACAGGGAGCAUAUGGCGUCAGUUGUUAGUGCUGUUCUGUUUUGUCAUCCUUGUUUCUGGACGUGUUGUUAACCUUUUUGUUCCAGAAUACACAAAACUUAUAGUUGACAGUUUAACCCCAUAUAAGGACGAGUCAGGUCAAGUGAUUUCGCCAGUGUUCAGAUGGGAUUUGAUCCUCUUGUAUUGUCUACUGCUGUUUAUGAGGGGAGGUGGAACUGGUACGACUGGGUUCCUGAACAAUAUGCGCGCUUUUCUGUGGAUUCCGAUUCAGCAAUACACAACACGACGAAUACAGCUUAAAUUUCUACGGCAUCUUCACAGUUUAUCUUUGCGCUGGCACUUAGAGAGAAAAACAGGAGAAGUACUGAGGACAAUAGAUAGAGGGACAACAAGUAUUAAUAGUUUAUUAGGAUAUAUAUUAUUCAACAUCUUUCCAACCAUUGUGGACGUUAUUCUUGCCAUUAUGUACUUCGUCUUGGCUUUCAACUACAUUUUUGGAAUCAUUACAUUCAUGUGCAUGCUGUUAUAUCUAGGUAUCACGGUUUUGAUCACAGAAUGGCGUACAAAAUUCCGACGACUACAGAACAGACUGGACAAUCAACGAAACCAGACAGCUGUUGAUUCCUUGCUGAAUUUUGAAACGGUGAAAUAUUAUGCAGCUUCAGACUUUGAAAUUAACAGAUACGACAAAGCAAUACACAGUUUUCAGGUGGCAGAAUUCAAAUCGACCGCUUCUUUAAACUUACUGAGCUGUCUACAGAACAUCACAAUCACCGUGGGGUUCUGUGUGGGUUCCCUCUUGUGUGCAUACUGCGUCAUUGACGAUAUUGACGGUCUCAAACUGACUGUUGGAGACUACAUCCUGUUUGGAACCUACAUCACUCAGUUAUAUGGUCCACUUAAUUGGAUCGGAACAUACUACAGGAUGAUACAACAGGCCUUCAUUGACAUGGAGAACAUGUUCGAAUUGUUGCAAGAAAAGCCCGAGAUCACUGACCCAACUGGUGCAUCAGAUCUUGUGUUACAUGGAGGACAGAUUGAAUUUAGGGACGUCAGUUUUAGCUAUACAAAAGAACGUCCUAUUUUGAAGAAUUUGUCCUUUACUGUUCCUGCAGGGCAAACAUAUGCAUUGGUUGGCCAUUCUGGUAGCGGAAAAAGUACAAUCGUUCGACUUUUGUUCCGGUUUUAUGAUAUUCAAAGCGGAGAAAUUCUUGUAGAUGGGCAAGAUAUUUCACAGGUCACACAAAUCUCACUCCAAAAACAGAUUGGGGUGGUUCCUCAGGACACAGUUUUGUUCAAUCAAGACAUCCGGUACAACAUACGCUAUGGUAACCAAGAUGCAGAUGACGUCGAUGUUUUAGAGGCAGCAGAAGCUGCAGACAUCCAUAACAGGAUUCUAAGCUUUCCUGACGGAUAUGAUACGGUAGUUGGAGAAAGGGGAUUAAAACUGAGUGGAGGCGAGAAACAAAGAGUCGCCAUUGCAAGAACAAUACUGAAAAACCCAACAAUUGUGCUUCUAGACGAGGCCACAUCAGCUCUUGAUACAAGCACAGAGAGAUAUAUACAAGCCUCUUUAGAGGAAAUUUGUCGCAACCGAACUACGAUUAUCGUAGCUCAUCGAUUAUCGACGAUAAUACAUGCACAUCAAAUUCUGGUUAUGAAAGAGGGUGUGAUUGUGGAAAAAGGAACCCAUAAUGAACUUUUGUUACACGGUGGAUUUUACAAGGAAAUGUGGAAACAACAGUUACAGAGUAACCUUGAUAAAGACAAUGGUGCGCUAAGUUCUACGUCAUCAAAUGCUUCAGCAGAUGAUGGCGCGAGUUGAUGAAGGCACGAAUUAAUAUUGAGCCCGUGUUGUUUUUACCUAUAUCGCUUGGAUUGCCUGGAAAUGUGAAGAGAUAAUCAGUGCAUUUUUUACAUGAUACAUUUUGUAUCAUAUAACUUGAUAUGAUACGUAUUAGAAUGUCCUGAGAAAGAUGAUUCGAAGAGCAUUCUCAGAACAAUUUUAACAAAUAUUAUGUAAAAAAAUAAACACGUCAUAUUUUGUAUGUGGUUUUAUCUGUCAUGUUGACUUUGUAUUCUUAUAAAACGACGAUUGAGAUUGAGUGAUUACUUUGUUUGUAAUUAAGAUGUCUGUUUAUAAGGCUGGUCCUUGAGUAAGUUUGAUGAAGUAUUUUUGUCACGAAUAAAAUUUUUUGAAUGAAAUAUUCUGCCUCUGAAGAUAUGAUUACUGGAAUUAUUUUAAUACGGAACUGCAUCAUAUGGUAGAUAAUAAUGAAAAUGCAGCUUGUUAUAAUUUGU